UUUACUCCGCCUCUUCCUGUUCCUGAGGGCUCUGCUCGUGCGAUAGCCUGGUCAAGGCCGCGUCCUAGCAAAAAUCAAGCUCGUGACCCGCUUUCCUUCCUUCUCUGCCAAGCCAAUUUGGCUCCUUACGCCACCGCACCGGCCUUUGCUGCAGCAACCGCUGCCUCACGUCGUCCGGGCGGACGUACUAUUUUGGCUUCAGCUGACGAGGCUGCCGGGGAUACCGGAGGUAACCAAAUUCUGCAGCGAUGCCAAUUAGCUCGUCAACUUGAGGCAGCUCGUUGUGCUGCUGAACGAGUGGCGGCUAGAUUGGCGAUGCCACAGCGAGAACGUGAUCAAUUGGUAAAGGAGGCUGUCUCUAGGGCAACGGGGCUGGCCUUAGAACGCGUGGAAGAAGUUCUGAGCAGCCGGGUGGCUGGAGGGACGGUCAUGCGACGGGGGCAAAAAAAGCAAGAUGAUGAAGACGAAUACGAAGGUGGAGAAGAUGAAGACAAUGUAGAAGAGGAUCCUGAGCAUCUGGAAUCGGUAAACCAAAUGUUAUUGUUGAUACAAGCUAUUCAUUAUUACCUUUUUUAUUAUUGA